AUGACGUACAAAGAGGUUCAAGAAGCCUGGAAAUGGGCGGACAACUUUGUGGUAUCAAGUGGCAAUGUCCUUGAGAGCUUGCCGCAGCUCAAAUGCUACUCACCUGGCAAUGUGCUCGCAGAGCGACCAUUCCAGGUGGUGUCAAUGGACUUUGUGAUCCCUCUGCCGAGAUCUCGUCGGGGAAACACUGCUCUGUUGUUAUGGCAGCGCUCGUUUACCGGGUUCGUGAUCGCUAAAGCGAUGUCGGACACCGAUGCACUGACUAUGGCCCAGGUGUUCGAGGAAUGCAUCUAUAAUCGAUUUGUUGCUCCGUCUCUUAUUCGUCAUGACCGUGACCCACGCUUCAUGAGCGAGGUCUUCCAGGCCUUCACUGAAAAAAUACAACCAAGGUCAACACUGAUCUAUCGCCCACAAGUGAAUGGACAGCAAAAACGGUCGGUCAAAAACGUGAUGCAGUCUGUCAAAGUCGAUGUGGAAGACCCGUUGCUGCCAGAUAGAAUGAGAUCACUGAACGACUAG